GGCCCUCUGCGCUCUGCGCCGGGAGCGGCGGUCGGUAGCGGUGGUAGUGGCGGCGACGGUUUCGUAGCGGCCGCGCGCUGCUCACUGAGCGGCGGGUGGCGAACGGACCUGGGCCCUCACUCCUGACACUUUACCCCACUGUAUUUCUGAAGCACAGGCUCAUUUUGAGGAUGUUUAAUAAAUCAUUUGGAACACCCUUUGGGGGUGGCACAGGAGGCUUUGGCACAACGUCAACAUUUGGGCAGAAUACUGGUUUUGGCACAACGACUGGAGGAGCUUUUGGAACAUCUGCAUUUGGUUCCAGCAAUAAUACUGGAGGCUUAUUUGGGAAUUCACAGACCAAACCAGGAGGAUUAUUUGGAACCAAUUCAUUUAGCCAACCAGCUACUUCGACAAGCACUGGCUUUGGUUUUGGCACAUCAACAGGAACAUCAAAUAGUUUGUUUGGGACUGCAAGCACAGGAACCAGUCUCUUUUCAUCCCAGAAUAAUGCCUUUGCACAAAAUAAACCAACAGGAUUUGGAAAUUUUGGAACAAGUACUAGCAGUGGAGGGCUUUUUGGAACUACAAAUACCACCUCUAACCCUUUUGGUAGCACAUCAGGCUCUCUUUUUGGGCCAAGUAGUUUUACAGCUGCACCUACUGGGACUACCAUUAAAUUCAAUCCUCCAACUGGUACAGAUACUAUGGUCAAAGGUGGAGUUAGCACUAAUAUCAGCACCAAGCACCAGUGUAUUACUGCUAUGAAAGAAUAUGAAUGCAAGUCAUUAGAGGAACUCCGCUUGGAAGAUUAUCAGGCUAACCGAAAAGGCCCUCAGAACCAAGUGGGAGCAGGUACCACUACUGGUUUGUUUGGGUCUUCUCCAGCUACCUCUAGUGCCACAGGACUCUUCAGCUCCUCCACCACUAAUUCAGGGUUUGCAUAUGGUCAGAACAAAACAGCCUUUGGAACUAGUACAACCGGAUUUGGGACAAAUCCAGGUGGAGGUGGUCUCUUUGGUCAACAGAAUCAGCAGACCACCAGCCUCUUUAGCAAACCAUUUGGCCAAGCCACAACCACCCAGAACACUGGCUUUUCCUUUGGUAAUACCAGCACUUUAGGGCAGCCAAGUACCAACACCAUGGGUUUAUUUGGAGUAACCCAAGCUUCACAACCUGGAGGUCUUUUUGGGACAGCUACAAAUACCAGCACUGGAACAGCAUUUGGAACAGGAACUGGUCUUUUUGGACAGACUACUACUGGAUUUGGUGCUGUUAGUUCGACCCUGUUUGGAAAUAACAAGCUUACUACAUUUGGAACCAGCACAACCAGUGCGCCUUCAUUUGGUACAACCAGUGGCGGGCUCUUUGGUAACAAACCAACUCUGACUUUAGGAACCAAUACAAACACUUCCAAUUUUGGCUUUGGAACAAAUACCAGUGGAAAUAGCCUUUUUGGAAAUAAACCCACAACUGGAACCCUGGGAGCUGGACUUGGAGCUGGAUUUGGAACAGCUCUUGGUGCUGGACAGGCAUCUUUGUUUGGGAGCAACCAACCUAAGAUCGGAGGGCCUCUGGGUACAGGAGCCUUUGGGGGCCCUGGAUUUAAUACUACGACAGCCACUUUGGGCUUUGGAGCCCCUCAGGUCCCAGUAGCUUUGACAGAUCCAAAUGCUUCUGCUGCCCAGCAGGCUGUCCUCCAACAGCAUAUCAAUAGUCUAACUUACUCACCUUUUGGAGACUCACCUCUAUUCCGGAAUCCCAUGUCUGAUCCUAAGAAGAAAGAAGAGAGAUUGAAGCCAACCAAUCCAGCAGCCCAGAAAGCUCUCACUACACCAACUCAUUAUAAACUUACACCCCGUCCUGCCACCCGAGUCCGGCCAAAGGCUUUACAGACAACAGGAACAGCCAAGUCACAUCUGUUUGAUGGGCUGGAUGAUGAUGAACCAUCCCUUGCCAACGGAGCAUUCAUGCCCAAGAAGAGCAUUAAAAAGUUGGUUUUGAAGAAUCUUAACAAUAGCAAUCUCUUUUCUCCUGUUAAUCGUGAUGCUGAAGAUUUGGCUUCACCCUCUGAUUAUCCAGAAAAUGGAGAGAGAUUCAGUUUCCUCAGCAAACCUGUUGAAGAGAACCACCAGCAGGAUGGAGAUGAAGAUUCUCUUGUGUCUCGUUUUUAUACUAACCCUAUUGCCAGACCCAUCCCUCAAACUCCAGAGAGUGCUGGAAAUAAGCACAAUAGCAGUAACAGUGUGGAUGACACCAUUGUUGCAUUAAAUAUGCGUGUUGCCUUGCGAAAUGGGCUAGAAGGAAGCAGUGAAGAGACAUCUUUCCAUGAAGAAUCACUGCAAGAUGAUCGAGAAGAUGGAGAAAAUAAUUCUUACCACAUGCAUCCAGCAGGUAUUAUUCUUACUAAGGUUGGUUACUAUACUAUUCCAUCUAUGGAUGAUCUUGCAAAAAUUACCAAUGAGAAAGGGGAGUGUAUUGUAUCUGACUUCACUAUUGGUCGUAAAGGUUAUGGUUCAAUAUAUUUUGAAGGAGACGUGAAUUUGACAAAUCUAAAUUUGGAUGAUAUUGUGCAUAUCCGAAGGAAAGAAGUGAUUGUCUACUUAGAUGAUAGUCAAAAGCCACCUGUGGGCGAAGGACUAAAUAGGAAGGCUGAAGUUACAUUGGAUGGAGUUUGGCCAACAGACAAAACAUCUCGUUGUUUAAUAAAGAGUCCAGAUCGACUUGCUGAUAUAAACUAUGAGGGGAGACUAGAAGCCGUUUCAAGAAAACAGGGAGCACAGUUUAAAGAAUAUCGACCUGAAACUGGUUCUUGGGUAUUUAAGCUACCCACCCCGGCCCCUCCUCCCCAGAGCCAGAGCCCAGAGGUGGAACAGUUAGGGAGGGUUGUGGAACUGGACAGUGACAUGGUAGAUAUCACCCAGGAGCCAGUUUUGGAUUCCAUGUUAGAAGAGAGCGUGCCUGAGGAUCAGGAGCCUGUGUCAGCCUCAACACAAAUUGCAUCUUCAUUGGGAAUUAAUCCACAUGUUCUACAGAUCAUGAAGGCAUCAUUGCUUGCUGAUGAAGAAGAUACUGAGAUGCCCCUGGAUCAUUGUUUCAACCGCCUUCCUUGUAAAGCAGAUACUUCUCAAGAAAUCUGUUCUCCAAGACUUCCUAUUUCAGCAUCCCACCCAUCAAAGUCUCGUUCAUUAGUUGGUGGGUUACUACAAUCAAAAUUUUCAAGUGGAACUUUUCUUUCACCAAGUGCCUCUGUGCAAGAGUGUCAUACUCCCAAAACACCAUCUCUAAUCAAUAUCCCAUCUACAUCACCUUGGUCUGUCCCUCCACCCUUGACCUCUGUGUUUACAGUGCCCAGUCCAGCCCCUGAAGUUAUUCUGAAAACAGUGGGUACACGUCGACGGCCAGGCUUAGUCCCUCUUGAAAAAUCUAUCACUUUUGGCAAAGGGAAACUCUUGAUGGACAUGGCCCUGUUCAUGGGACGCUCAUUUCGUGUUGGUUGGGGCCCCAACUGGACUCUUGCUAAUACAGGAGAACAACUGAGUGUCUCCCAUGAACUGGAAAAUCACCAGAUUACUGAUUCUAUGGAAUAUGGUUUCCUGCCCAACCCAGUAGCUGUUAAAUCCCUAACUGAGUCUCCAUUCAAGGUUAAUUUGGAAAAACUCAGUUUGAGACAAAGGAAACUACAUGAAGACCUGCAGUUAUACCAGACACCUUUAGAACUCAAAUUAAAACAUAGCACCAUCCAUGUGGAUGAACUCUGUCCUCUCAUUGUGCCAAAUCCGGGGGUUGCUGUCAUUCAUGACUACGCACAUUGGGCUAAAGAAGCAUUAGGAGACUCAUUGGAUGCACAGAUUGUUAAGCACUGGAGCCUGACUUGGACAUUAUGUGAAGCCCUCUGGGGCCACCUGAAGGAGCUUGAAAGCCAGCUGGAUAAACCCAGUGAAUACAUUCAGGUUCUGGUACGUCGAAGAGCCUUUUCCCGCUGGCUCUCCCAUACUGCUGCACCUCAAAUUGAGGAAGAAGUCUCCUUAACCCAGAAAGACAAUCCCAUAGAGGCUGUUUUCAGCUACCUCACAGGCAAGAGGAUCAGUGAAGCCUGCUGUCUGGCUCAGCAGUCAGGUGAUCAUCGUCUUGCCCUCCUUUUAUCCCAGCUGGUGGGCAGCCAGUCCUUCAGGGAGCUGCUCACCAUGCAGCUGGCAGAUUGGCAUCAGCUCCAGGCUGACUGCUUCAUCCAGGAUGAGAGAUUGCGCAUUUUUGCCCUGUUGGCUGGAAAACCGGUGUGGAAGCUCUCAGAGCAAAAGCAAAUCAAUGUUUGUUCUCAAUUGGAUUGGAAACGCUCCUUGGCUGUUCAUCUCUGGUAUCUGCUUCCACCUACAGCCUCCAUCUCCAGAGCACUCAGCAUGUAUGAAGAAGCAUUUCAGAAUACCUCUGAGGAUGACAGAUAUGCCUGCUCCCCACUUCCUUCCUACAUUGAGGGCUCAGGCUAUGUCAUAGAAGAGGAGCAAGAUUUGCAGAGACCACUUCGAGAUGUCUGCUUUCACCUUCUGAAACUCUACAGUGACAGACAUUAUGACCUCAAACAACUGUUGGAACCUCGAAGCAUAACAGCAGAUCCCUUGGACUACCGUCUGAGCUGGCAUUUGUGGGAGGUGCUGCGGGCUCUUAAUUACACCCAUCUCUCAGAGCAGUGUGAGGGUGUGCUCCAAGCAAGCUAUGCUGGCCAGCUGGAGAGGGAAGGCCUCUGGGAGUGGGCCGUUUUUGUCUUACUGCAUAUUGCCAACUCAAGCAUGCGUGAGAAGGCUGUCCGAGAGUUGCUGACCCGACACUGCCAGCUAUCAGAGACCCCUGAAUCAUGGGCUAAGGAGAAUUUCCUGACCCAGAAACUGUGUGUUCCUGCUGAGUGGAUUCAUGAGGCCAAGGCGGUACGAGCGCGCGUGGAGUCUAACAAGCACUUGGAGGCCCUUUAUUUAUUUAAAGCUGGCCACUGGAACUGCUGCCACAAGCUCAUCAUCCGACACCUAGCUUCUGAUGCCAUCAUUAAUGAGAACUAUGACUACCUAAAGGGGUUCUUGGAAGACCUGUCACCCCCAGACCGCAGCAGCUUAAUUCAGGACUGGGAGACAUCUGGACUUGUUUACCUGGACUAUAUUCGAGUCAUUGAAAUGCUUCAACAAAUCCAGCAGGUGGAUUGCUCAGGUUAUGAGCUAGAGCGGUUACAUACCAAAGUAACCUCACUGUGCAACAGGAUAGAGCAGAUCCAGUGUUACAAUGCCAAGGACCGCCUGGCUCAGUCAGAUAUGGCCAAGCGUAUAGCAAACCUGCUGAGAGUUGUACUGAGUCUCCAGCCUGCUCCUGAUGCAUCUACCGACUCAACACCAGACCCUCAGCGGGUCCCAUUGCGUCUGCUGGCUCCCCACAUUGGUAGACUCCCCAUGCCUGAGGACUAUGCCUUAGAAGAACUGCGCAGCCUCACACAGUCCUACCUUCGUGAACUGACUGUUGGGAGCCAAUGA